CGAGGUAUGCGGGUGGUGGCCGCCGCUCCUUCCGCCGACGUCCAACCUGGCGAUGGCACCCGCGCGGCGGACAAGUCGCGAGUCAGGAGGUUCCUCGCGUGGAUUUCGCAAUCGUUUCGCGCCAACGACCCUUCCAAGGAGAGCCACCAUGGAGUGGAAGCAGGUUCUGACCUGGACGAGGAGAUGGAGAAGGUGUUUGCCAUGGGCAGCAGUGAGAUGAAAUUCGACGUGUCCCGGUUGUCGACGUCACCGGGCGACAAUCCUCAGGACAGGAGGAAAUUUGACGAGAGAGAUUACAGUCAGCACCGGAAAAAGAGCUACCCACACACCCAUGCUCCUUUGAAGUCCAUACACUCAAGGUCGAUGCGGCGUCGCCUCACUUCACCGCGUCUUUCCGAGAGUGAAGCAGCAGACUUGGCCGCAUCGGUCCUUGCUGAGCAUGAAGAUGCCGAGACGAGAGGCUCCCAAGAACGCGAGAGUUUCGACUCAACGGAAGAUCCAAAAGAGAUGGCAGAGGACAGGGGUGGUUCAUCAGCCCCCAUUCCCGUGCCUUUGUCCGGCCUGUCCGAAGAUGAGCCUCAGGUGUCGGAAAUGGCCGCCUCGUACAGGAGCAAAGAUUUUGACGAGGACAACACCAGGCGAGUGCAGUUCCAAAUCGGAGGAGCUGGAGAUGGUCGAAAGGGUGACAGCGACCGCGAGGAAGACACACCGCCCAAGGACAGCAAGGAAAGUUCUCCUUUCAAACACGACGGCUCCGAAAAGAGCAAACGAAGGAAAUACAGCAAACACAAAAUUAGGAAGUACAGUUUGCAAGAAGACCCUCAGUGGAGGGUAAGGGCUGGAUCCGAGGCGCCCUCUGAUAAUUCGGUCAGACCUUCUCUCGAUGGGGAAGAGGAAUCCACUUUGAAGGAGGUGGACAAGGACGACUUGGCAAGUCACAGGUUUGAUGAUGCCAAAGGGAUGCGGCGAUACAAAACUUCAAAGUCGUCGGCCGGAGGAAUGCCUGGCGACACGAUGGUCAGCAUCAGCCGUAGGGAGGGCAGCGUGGUGCCGCCUGGAGUCGGAUGGACUCCGAGUGGGGCCAAGAAGAGUUUUGACCACAGUCCUCAUGCCGUUUUCGUGCAACUGGAUGAGUUGGCGGGCAAAGGAGAGGAUCAAGAGUGGAAGGAAACUGCUCGCUGGAUCAAGUACGAAGAAGACAGGUUGGAGGGUGCGGAUCGGUGGGGCAGACCCCACGUCGCCUCCCUCAGCUUCCACUCUUUGCUGAACUUGCGCCGCUGCUUGGAAACCGGCGUCAUCCUGCUCGAUUUGGAGGAAAAAGAUCUUCCGGGAGUCGCCUUCAGGAUUGUGGAACAAAUGGCCUUGGAGGAGUUGGUCGAAGUGGACUCCAAGGCUGCUGUGAUGAGGGCACUGUUGCUGAGACACAGACCUGUGACCCAUCACCACGAUCGCUUCCGAUUCGGAGUGGUCAAGAGAAAUGCGUCGAGCUACACCAGUCUCCAGAAUUAUUUCCUUUCGGAUGAUGCCGAUUACGAGGAAAGAUUGAAACGAGAGGAAUUUCUGAGGAGAUACAGCUGUAAUUUGGCUGAAGACAAGACUAAACCACGAAUUGUGCCUUCGAUGACGAGUGUUGACGGCCUCUCAUUGGCCAAACUUAUGGGAUCGUACACGUCCAGCAAACAGACCAGCCUGGACAAAAUGCAUGCGAGUGACAGCAACCAUACAGUGGUUGACGUCGGCAAAGAGGAAACAACUUACUCCUCUUCGACGGAGGACUUGAAGAGGGCCCACAAUGAGAGUAUUUUAAAAAGGAUUCCUGAAGGAGCCGAAGCCACCACAGUAUUAGUCGGUUCCGUGGAAUUCCUGGAGCAGCCCACCAUUGCGUUUGUGCGCCUUGCCGAAGGUGUUCUGAUGCCCUCCAUCACUGAAGCGCCCAUUCCGGUGCGCUUCAUGUUCAUUCUUUUGGGUCCGCGCGUCACUGACCUGGACUACCAUGAAAUCGGUCGAUCAAUUUCAACCCUCAUGUCAAACACACACUUCCACAAUAUUGCCUACAAAGCUGCAGAUAGAAGGGAAAUUUUGUCUGCCAUCAAUGAGUUCUUGGACGACAGUAUUGUGCUGCCUCCUGGCAAUUACGAACGCCAAGGUCUUCUUCCUUUCAACGAUUUGAAAGACAAAAGUGAGGCUAUUCGCAGGAGAAAAUCAACUCGAGAUCCUCCAGACGAAGCGCAAAGAGCACUUCUUUUGGAAGAUGCGAAAAGACCACCUGAUGACAACCCCCUCGUCAGGACCAGACGACCCUUCGGUGGCCUCAUCAAAGACAUCAAGAGGCGCUGGCCCAAAUACAAAUCGGACAUCACAGAUGGAUUGAAUUUUCAGUGCUUGGCAGCUUCCAUUUUCAUCUACUUUGCUUGUCUUUCUGGCGCAAUCACUUUUGGAGGUCUUAUGGGUGAUAAGACCAACAAUCAAAUUGGCAUAUCUGAAACUCUGGUAUCAACUUGCCUAGCAGGCGUUUUGUUUGCUCUUUUCUCUGGACAGCCUCUAGUGAUAGUUGGAACUACCGGCCCACUGCUAUUAUUUGAUGAAUCUCUGUUUGCGUUUUGUGAGGAGUACGGCUACGAAUUUCUCUCUAUGAGAGUAUGGAUAGGCGCCUGGCUUGUGAUCAUCGGGCUAAUAGUGGUCUGCGUGGAAGGUUCGGUGCUUGUGAAGAGGUUUACCAGAUUCACCGAAGAGAUAUUUGCAUCUUUGAUAUCUUUGCUCUACAUUUAUGAGAGUCUGGUGAAACUGUACCAAGUGUUUAAACAGCACCCCUUAUCACCCGAAUACUGCAACAUCCAACCAGCGGCGCUCUCCAACACCCUGUUAAAUAGCUCCAUCAACACGCUCGACGAAUCUUACUCGCUGGUGCUUGAAAACGUGUCCACCGCAUUGAUGGAUGUGAUGAACACGACAGUAGGUCCGACCACACUGCCCGAGUCUUCAAUCAAGAGAAACCAACCGAACACAGCUCUCCUUUGUGUCAUUUUGGCACUUGGGACGUUCUUCAUUGCUUAUUAUCUGAGGCAAUUUCGAAACAGCAAAUUUUUAGGACGCAGUGCUCGGCGCGCCUUGGGCGACUUUGGAGUGCCCAUAGCAAUCAUCGUAAUGGUCUUGUUAGACUACGUCAUUCCGGACACCUACACAGACAAACUCAGGGUGCCCGAGGGUUUGUCUCCCUCCAGCCCGGGCGAGCGAGGCUGGAUAAUCAACCCCGGAGGAAACAAUCAACCGCUUGAGAUUUGGCUCGCCGUUGCCUGUGUUGUUCCAGCCAUGCUGGUGUACAUUCUCCUGUUCAUGGAAACACACAUUUGCGAAUUGAUCAUCGACAAGAAAGAGAGAAAACUGAAGAAAGGCUCUGGCUUCCAUUUAGAUAUAGUUUUGGUUUGCAUGCUGAACAUGGGUUGUGGCUUGAUGGGAGCUCCGUGGGUUUGCGCCGCCACUGUGCGGUCAGUGGCACACGUUUCUGCACUGACAGUGAUGUCAAGGGACCACGCUCCUGGUGAUAAGCCUCACAUUAUUGAGGUUAAGGAACAAAGAUUAACUUCCCUGGUUGUGAGCAUUCUUGUUGGAAUUUCUGUGGCCAUGGCACCCUUUUUGCGCCUUGUGCCCAUAGCAGUUCUGUUCGGAGUCUUCCUUUACAUGGGUAUUUCGUCGAUGGACGGAAUUCAGUUCUUUGAACGAGUUCAACUUUUCCUCAUGCCUGUCAAGCACCAUCCUCAAGUACCAUAUGUUAGAAGGGUGAAGACGGUAAAAAUGCACCUUUUCACAAUCAUCCAAGGCGCCUGCCUUGCAAUCUUGUGGGUAGUGAAAUCGACAGCAGCUUCACUUGCAUUUCCCUUCUUCCUGAUUUUGAUGGUGCCACUGAGGACAAGUUUGCAGCACAUUUUCAGCCCCACAGAAUUACGCGCACUUGAUGGAGUUGAAAUCGAGAAAGAGGAUGAGCCUGAUUUCUACGCUCAAGCACAUUUGCCAGGCUGAAAAUUUUUAAGGUUAGGGAGAUUUAGUUGCUGAAAUCACACCAAGUGCUAAUUAUAGUUAGUAUUCUGUGAAACAAUUUUAUCAGUUGUUAUAAUUUUACUUAAAAUAUUUUAGCGAAUUGAAUACUCAACAAUUUAGAGGCUAAACAGAGCAAAAUGUAUUUGAUAAUGUACCUGACACGAAUUUGAAUAAAUGGUGUUUAAUUUUGAGAUGUGGAUUAAAUAAAACUUAUUCCAAAUAUAAUA